ACGUGUGAACGGAUUACCCAUGGUUUUAAUGUUGGUCUGUACAACUGACCAGUAGGUGUAUAUAAAGUCAUGAAGUGUCUGGACACAUAUCACCCUUGAACGCUCAGUCACCAUGGAUUGAUACGUGAAUCCUGUCAAGUUGAACCAUAGCCUGAUUUACUUAAAACAGUGUAGCGGCCACGAUGCCUGUCAACGGCUCCUUCACCCCUGAUGCAACCAUUGAGAUGAAGGACACUGUACAUCUUUCCCGGACGAACUCCGAGCUACAAAUGUCCGACAGCGGUUCCAAAAGUAACCGAACACGAGGCAGCACCAGCCAAACAGUCUGUACACAGGUGUUUGCCAUUCUUGUCUUCAUAACAGGACUCGGUAUUGGCAUCGUCAUAGGAUACUUUGCUCUCAACCCCAAUCUGGCAGAAUGUAAAGCACCAUCAGUUCAUGAACAACGUGGGGAUAAGAUGGUUACUCCAGUAGUGACGUCAGCGACCAGUUCCCCUCGGCCUGUCCCAACCCCAACAUCGCCGCCACAGAUGCCGCCGAAAUGCUCGAUUGGAAAGAUGAUCACAAAAACAGACGAAUCUGAAGAUAAGGGAUUAUUUGAGCUUCUUACUACCGAGGAAAUGAAUCAGGUGCGAAGCUUCAUGAAGCGCCAGGGACUUAUAUCAUCUGCUGAUGGAACGCCAUCUUUGAGGGACAGCUAUAUCUAUGGCAUGUCACUCUACCUACCUCAUAAAUCCAGAGCCCUGAAGCAUCUCGACAAAGGUGAGGAAUCUCCUGGACGAUUUGCCGAUGUCCAUGUCCACAGAGGAAACAGGAACAUUCCAGAUCUUAUGGAAUACCGAGUAGGGCCACUUGGAGAAUCAAUGACGGCCCAAGCCAUGUAUAUUGACGGAGAAUUGCCCUAUAACAGUAGACCAAGAGACGGCAUUGAAUGGGACGGCCUGACAGAACACGUCACACGAGCCAUGGCGAUACUGCGGCCGUUGCUUCAGAAUAGUUUUGAUGGCGCUUAUUAUCCAAACGGCGGUCUAACCUUCCACCCGCAGGCGCCACCCGGUUUACAACCAAAUGAGAGAGAGACCCGGUUUGUUAUGACUCUGCAGGUUGAAGGUACCGCUAGAGGACGCGAUCUCCACCCCCUCCCUCUAACAGGCACUGUUCACAAUCCCGGCGUUGACACAAGUAACUGGUACACACAUAGCUUCUAUUACCUCAAUCAAGGUCCCUUCUCCUCUGCUGAAGAAUUGCUGUCAGCUUAUAAUAAUGGCACAAUCAAAACAUUUUCCUUUCCCAGAGGACACCGCCAGACAAUUUUUGCAACAUCCUUCCCUAAACAGAACUCUGACAAGAGAAGACAAUACGCAUCUACUAAAUCCCCUCCCAGAUCGUACACCCCUUCAGGGCAUCGGUUUGUUAUCAACGACCAUAAUAUCAAGUGGAUGGGAUGGGACUUCACCGUCGGGGCAAGCCAGUUCCGAGGUCCCAGUAUUUUCAACGUCAAAUUCAAGGGGGAGAGAAUCGUGUAUGAAAACUCAUUGAACGACGUUGUAUUGGUGUAUGCUUCCGACGUGUCUUCAGGAGCCAACACCAUCUACAUGGACGCAACGUUUGGUGUUGGGGAAUUUCAAAACCUCAUCCCUGGAGUUGACUGUCCUGAUCAUGCCGCCAUAUUGGACGCUACCUGGUUUAACAGCUAUAGCCAAUCUCCAGUUUCAGCCAAAACGAUUUGUGUGUUUGAAUCUGCAGGUGAGCAAGCUUUGUGGAGAAGGAAGGACAAAUACGCAGCAGGUCUCGCAAACCAUCAUCUCAUGGUUCGAAUCCCAAUGUCUGUAGGAAACUAUGAUUACACCAUUGACUUCAUUUUCUUCCUGGACGGGAAUCUGAAGACAGAGGCCAUGGCGUCGGGAUAUCUCCAGGCAAGCUUCUGGGAUCCUUCGAAUCCCCACGCUGGCACUGAUAAGACCACGGAUCCGUUUGGGUACAGGUUAGGAGAAUUCACACACGGGGCCCUCCAUGACCACACGUUUGGUUUUAAAGUUGAUCUGGAUAUUCUUGGAACUGAUAACAGCUUUGAAGUAAUUCACUGGAAAGCAGGCGACAUUCUCACAGCGUUGAAAACGCAGUCAAACAUUGCGACAAAGCCAUCGUACUUUUUAUACAACGAGACGAGAUACAUUGAAUGGGAGACCCUUCAGAAGGAAUCAGGGCUGAAAAUUGACAUGGCCCGACCGCAGUUCUGGACAGUUGUCAAUGAAAAUCAGAAGAACAAAUGGGGUGCGAAGAGGGGCUAUAGAAUAGUACCCGAGACGUCAGUAGCGCAGGUCGUCCCCGAAUCUCACCCAGUGAUGGAUGCUGUGUCGUACACGAAGUACCACUGUAUGGUCACUCAGCACAAGGACAACGAGGCAUACCUUACAGGAGCGUAUGAUCUCAACCGACUGGCCGACCCUUUGGUGUCAAUGGACCGCAUGAUCAACGAUGAACCAAUUGUAAAUUCGGAUUUAGUGACGUGGGUUAGUAUAGGUUUCCUUCACGUUCCCACCUCAGAGGAUGUGCCAAUGACUGUUCGUGCCCAUUCCAGUUUUGUGUUAAAACCAUUCAACUACUUUGACAGCACAGCCUCGUUUGACAUGCCCCAGUAUGUUGAUACCAAAGACCAUUCUAUUACCGAGAGACCGCCAACGUUUCAGUCGUGUUUAGAGCCAACGUACGAUCAUUGUUAUUUUUGUAAAUAAUGUGUUCUUGAGUGUUAAUUGUCAUCGCAUAUUUUAUUUGACUGCAUUGUGUGAAUCUUUUUCUGUCUCUAUAUUUCUUUUGAUGUCAUUCUGCAUGUACGUACUGUCAUACAAUCUGUUCAUGUAUAUAUGUAAACCAUGUUCCAUAUAAAGAAAGUUAUUUUCUUAAUAAAAGAUUAAUAUAAUCAUAA